UGAUGUCUGGAGUACAUCGAACUGGGGGCUUGUGAAGUCAGUCCUACCUCAGAAUAGUCAUCACAGCAGAGUAAUUACAACUACCCGGAUCAGUAGGGUUGCCAAAUCUUGUAGCAGUGAUUCUCAAGAGCGAAUCUAUGGAAUUAAGCCUCUAAAUAAUGUGGAUUCAAGAAGGCUAUUCAUGAGAAGGAUUUUUCACCUAGAGGACAACUGCCCAUCACAACUAGAAGAUGUUUCGACAUGAGGAGCAGAGGUCACGGCACGGGGACGCACCCCUCCCUGUCCGGCAGCGAUGCGCGGCCGCUCUCGCUUGCCAGCCUCCGGUCAGACGGUCACCACCCGCUGGCCGCAUCUCGGCCACCACCAUGGGCCGCAUCUGCCCUCCGCCACACAGAGAAGCUAAGCGAAUGCACUAGAUUAGUUCCUAAUAGCCUCCUGAAGGGAAAUUUUCUGCCACUAGAUUAUACAAUUGACAUGGUCAGAUCAUUGGGAUCGGGAGAAGGCAUGCUGCUACGUGAAAAGGAUGGAUUGAAAGGAUGCUUACCUAGACUCAGACUGAUGCAGUUGCUACUAGUGUUCUUGUGCCCAACUCUUGUGAGAAGAUGCAGGUGUGCAGCUCCUCUGUUCUAAGGGUGGUGACCUAAGUGUUUGUGUGCUUGUGUUACUGUCGACAGUACUAUAAAGCUUCUAGUGGAGGAAGCUGCUGUGUGGCAGUGCUUAAAUGGCUCGGCUGUGAAAGUUGACCAAAGAUGAAGCUUAACCGACGUAUAGCAAUGCAUAAGUUAAACUAUUUUGAGAUUAGCUUAAACUAUUGUGUUGUAAUGCAUACUCGUGUAUAGCAUCCCUACUUUUUAGAGCAUUUAAAAAUACGAAUUUUUUAAAUUUUUUCUUUAA